GAUCACCCAGUUUCUCGUAUGAUGAUUGGUGAAUAGUUUGAUCAUGUGAUCGAGUAUUCGUGAUGUUCUCUUAAAACUACUGUACCUGUUCUUUUGACGGUUCAGUGCUAAUGAGAAGAACCGUAGAGGAGUGCAAGACUGUUACAGCAGUUGCAAGGUUCUAUUACUACCUUGCAAAUUAUUAAUAUACGAACAUCAAAGGAUAAAAGAUAAUUUUUUGGAUAAUAACAGACUGCAAUGGGUUUAAUAACAGUUAUAAUACUAAUAUUGUGCUGUACAGUCGGAAAUUAUGCAGAAAGGCGUACCAGCUCCAAAACCAAUAAUUCUAAGAAAAUAGUAUGUUAUUAUACGAAUUGGUCUCAAUACAGACAAAAAAUUGGGAAAUUUUAUCCGGAAGAUAUACCACCAAAUCUAUGUACUCAUCUCAUAUUCGCUUUCGGAUGGAUGAAAAAACAUAAAAUAUCAACUUUCGACGCAACAGACGAUUCUAAAAGCGGAAAGAAAGGAAUGUACGAAAGAUUGGUGGAUUUAAAAAAUAAAAAUACCGACCUCAAAGUAUUACUUGCAGUAGGUGGUUGGUCCUUUGGCACGCAAAGAUUUAAGGAUAUGGCUUCUAAUAGAUAUAAUAGACAAUUAUUUAUAUUCAGUGCUCUUAAAUUCUUACGAGAUCGAAAUUUUGAUGGAUUAGAUGUCGAUUGGGAAUUUCCUCGUGGAGGUGACGAUAAAAGAAAUUUUGUUUUAUUAUUAAAGGAAUUACGUGAAGCUUUCGAAGAAGAAGCUAGAGAGAAAAAAUUACCACGUUUAUUGCUCACUAUUGCAGCUUCAGCUGGUGCUGAAGUAGUAAGAGGAGGUUAUGAUGUUCCUGCUGUUGCAGCUUAUGUCGAUUUUAUUAAUAUUAUGUCAUACGAUUUCCAUGGAAAAUGGGAAAGCCAAACUGGUCAUAACAGCCCAUUGUUUGCUCCUCACAACGAAUCAAAUUGGAGGAAACAAUUGUGUAUGGAUUUCGGUGUUAAAAUGUGGGAAAGAUUAGGCACCCCUAAGGAUAAAAUUGUAGUCGGUAUAGCUACUUAUGGUCGAAGCUUUACUUUAGCUAAUCCAUCUGUUAAUGGAGUAAAUGUACCUUCUCGUGGAGGUGGUAAAGCUGGCGAAUAUACUCGAGAAGAAGGAUUUUUAUCUUAUUACGAGAUAUGCGAAAUGUUGAAGAAAGGUGCAACUUAUGUUUGGGAUGACGAUAUGAAAGUACCAUAUGCAUAUUUAGGAGAUCAAUGGGUUGGUUUUGACGAUGAAAGAAGUAUCAGAAACAAGAUGAAAUGGAUAAUUCAAAAUGGAUAUGCCGGAGCGAUGGUUUGGUCCGUAGAUAUGGAUGAUUUUAAAGGAACAUGUAUACCAAAGACGUAUCCAUUAAUUGGAAUUAUAGGUGAAGAAUUAUUGAAUAAACCAAAGAGACCUCCAACGAAUUUAGCAUCUUUUGGAAAUAAGAGGCCAAAACCUGUAAUUAAAGUAAUUUCUACAACGUCUAAAGCAAUUGAAGCCAAAGAGGACGUUGCAACUGAACCACCACCCGAGUCAACUACCAAUGCUAGAAUAGUUUGCUACUUUACCAGCUGGUCAUCGAAAAGAGCAUCUUUAGGGAAAUUUACUCCAGAAAAGAUCGAACCUGAACUCUGUACGCAUAUUAUAUAUGCUUUUGCAACUGUUAAAGAUUUAAAACUUCAAGCGAUAGACGAUGGAAAUAAACAAGAAAAAAAUAUGUUAACUCAGGUAUUAGCACUUAAAGAUAAGAAUCCCAACUUAAAAAUUCUUUUAUCUGUUGGAGGAUGGCUAGCGGGAACGGGACCUUUCAGAGAACUCACAAAAUCAAAUUAUAGGCAAUCGCUCUUUGUUUUUAAUGUAAUUGAAUAUUUGAGACAAAUGAAAUUUGAUGGAAUAGAUAUUGCAUGGGAAUUUCCUCGUGGUGCAGAGGAUAAAGAGAAAUAUACUAACUUGAUUAAGGAUUUACGAGAAGCUUUUGAUGGGGAAGCUAGAUCUUCAGACAAAGCGAGAUUACUUCUAACUGCUGCCGUUCCUGCAAGUUUUGAAGCAAUUGCCGCCGGUUAUGAUGUGCCAGAAAUAAACAAAUACGUCGAUAUGCUAAAUGUUAUGACAUACGAUUUUCAUGGAAAUUGGGAACGCCAAGUUGGACAUAACAGUCCUUUGUUUUCUCUAUACAGUGCUAGCGCUUAUCAUAAAAAAUUAACUGUCGAUUUUAGUGCUAGCGAGUGGGUUAAGAAGGGAGCAUCGAAAGAAAAAGUGUUAAUUGGAAUACCUACAUAUGGUAGAACAUUUACUCUAAGCAAUACAACUCUAACGGAUAUAGGAGCACCUGCUAUAGAUGGAGGCAAGCCAGGGAAUUACACUAAAGAACCUGGUGUCCUUGCAUUUUAUGAGGUCUGUGAUAUGCUUAAAUCCGGUGCAACAUUAGUGUGGGAUAAUGAACAAAUGGUACCUUAUGCAUAUAAGAAUGACCAAUGGGUUGGAUUUGAUGACCAAAGAAGUCUUAAAUUAAAGGUGCAAUGGCUUAAACAAAAUGGAUUCGGAGGUGUUAUGGUUUGGUCAAUCGACAUGGAUGAUUUUAGAGGAUCUUGUAUGGGAAGUAAAUACCCAUUAAUAAACGCUGUUAAAGAAGAGUUAAAAGGCUAUAAAGUAGCUAAUUUAGAAGCACAAAGUAGCAAUGUUCAUAACGCGUAUGGCCAAGUCAUUGAUAAAAAUGAAGUAAUCUGCGAAGAAGCCGAUGGACACAUCAGUUAUCAUGCUGAUAAAAAGGACUGUGCCAUGUACUAUAUGUGUGAAGGAAAAAGACGUCAUCACAUGCCUUGUCCUUCUAAUUUGGUGUUUAAUCCUGACGAAAACGUAUGUGAUUGGCCCGAAAACGUAGAGAGUUGUAGCAACUUUAAAUCGGGUUGAUGAUACAUAAAUAUAUUUGUUUUUUUAAUUCAUGUUGACAUUGAAGUGUUUUCAAACGGUUUCAGCGCCGAGAGGAUUUUUAGCCAUUGAAAUGGUUUUAUUUUUAUGAUAAAGGAAUCUUUUCUAUUUACGGAUUUCAAAAAUUUUCCAUUUGCCGAAGUAGAAGGAAGUUCGACGGUGAUGAUAUUUUUUUAUGUGAUACAAUUAAUAAUAUUCUUAACUUUGUGAUAAAAAAUUCGA